GCCAUUUUUCGUACUCCGACAAUUUUGGCCUUAUAUGCCGUAUUUUUCAUGCAAAAAAACUUGUUAUUUAUCACAAAUUAUGGCGGAAAGGUAUGGAAAAGCUCCAAUGAUACAACGGAUAUGCAGUACGAAUUUUCGAGCGGAAUUAAACUUGGUUAUCCGUCUUCGUAGUGUUGGUCGGUUCGAGUCACAUGGAGUGAGGUAUCUCGUGGGGAGGAUCAAGCGGUAUCCAAAUUCGACCUCCACAUCUCAGCUAACUCGUGUGGCAAUCAGCGGGGAUGUGUCUCUGAACCCCGGGCCCUCGGUAAAGCCCAAGUGUGGUGUGUGUUCAAGAACGCUGGCAAGAAAUCAUCGGGCUGUACUCUGUUAUUGUUGUAAGGGGCUAAGUCACAUAAAGUGUGCGAACGUGACACCCAGCGAGUACAAACGAAUUCAGGAUUUGCCAAACAAGACUUGGGUCUGCUCAGCGUGUAUGACUAUCUCCACGCAUAACGAUUUACCAUUUCAUGGAAUUGGAAACACCACUCUUGAAGAUUUAUUCAUGAAUGAACCAGCUGUCAUGGAUUAUACAGAUCAGAUUGACUCUCAGGACCGUGAUUUUGCAAGUUUUAUGGAUGUUCGAGUGAAGUACAGCUCUAAUUUCUUGACAGCACAUUUGAAUAUCAACAGCUAUCAGAAUAAAUUUGAAGAGAUGAGGGAAAUUAUACAAAAGCUAAGAAUUCAAGUGAUUUUCAUUGGUGAAACCAAAAUUGACUCUUCCUAUCCCGAUGCACAAUUUGCUAUAUCAGGGUACCAGCUUUACCGAAGUGACAGGAUGAAAGGAGGAGGUGGUCUUUUGGCUUAUGCGUCAUCUAAAGUGAUUUGCAAACGGUUAAAAGUUCCUGGCAGCUACAGAACUAUUGAAUCAUUGGUUUUGGACGUUGAGCUCAAAGGGAGACGUGUAAUUGUGGCUGGCUUGUAUCGCCCUCCCAAACCUCGUGUCAGCAAGUAUCAACUGCAACUGGGGGAGGAGAUUAAUCACUUUUGUAACUGGGCUUCAAUGCAGGGACAUGCACUUGUGUUAUUGGGGGAUUUAAACCUUGAUAGACUCCGCUCUGAUAAGCCUGAAGGCAAAUUGUUGAUUGAUACAGAGGAGACCCAUGGACUUGAGUGUGUAAUUACGGAGCCAACUAGGAUUCAAACUAGGGCUGGUAAGACUACCAAGACCCUCAUUGACGUUAUCUUGACUAAUGAAGCUCAUUUAUUUGUCCAGAGUGGGAUUUACGAACCGGGUCUUAGUGACCACCCACUAGUGUAUGGCUUCAUGCAAGACACAGCAGCUAAAGUCAAGCCUAGAAUUAUCAAAUUCCGUUCAGUUAAGAACUUUGAUAAGGAGAAAUUUCAAGAACACCUUAAUUCAGCACCUUGGCAUGUUGGGGAAGUUUUCGAUAGUGUGGAGGAUCGGGUUGGUUUUAACUUUGAAACAGCUAAGAAGGUCCUCAGGGACAGCACGUGCGAGGUCGUUGUCUUAGUGCUUGCGUACUGA